AUGAACAGCGAUCCAUCUCCAAACCCCCCAUGCAACCUGCAGCCUCCACGUGGCACCCGGCCAAUCUUGAUUGUGUGGUCUGUGGAGUUGCAGCUCCAAGCUCCUUCACUCACUGCAAAUUGCUUUGAAUCUCUCAGUUCAGUUUCUUCGGACAUGGCCGGCGCCGUUUCAACCCUCGGAGCUGUCACUCGUGUGCCGCUGAACAGUGGAGUCUCCGUGGCCCCUCCCUCGUCCUUCUUUGGAAGCAGGCUGAAGCUGAAUGCCUCGGGUUUCGCGCCCAAACUCACCUCCGGCAACUUCAGGGUUGCGGCCGAGAUUGACGAGAAGAAGCAGACAGACGGCGACAGGUGGAAGGGUCUCGCGACUGACAUAUCAGACGACCAACAGGACAUCACUCGUGGCAAGGGCAUGACCGAUACCCUCUUCCAAGCCCCCACCGGUUCCGACUUGGCCACUCAUGAUGCUAUCCUCAGCUCCUACGAGUACCUCAGCCAGGGACUUCGCCAAUACAAUUUCGACAACACGAUGGGAGGAUUCUAUAUUGCCCCAGCCUUCAUGGACAAGCUCGUCGUCCACAUUUCGAAGAACUUCAUGACAUUGCCAAACAUCAAAAUCCCGCUUAUCUUAGGUAUAUGGGGAGGCAAAGGACAGGGCAAAUCGUUCCAGUGUGAGCUCGUGUUCGCCAAGAUGGGAAUCAAUCCAAUCAUGAUGAGCGCUGGAGAACUGGAGAGUGGGAAUGCCGGUGAGCCUGCGAAGCUAAUCAGGCAAAGGUACCGUGAGGCUGCUGACAUCAUCAAGAAGGGUAAAAUGUGCUGUCUGUUUAUCAACGAUCUCGAUGCUGGUGCGGGUCGGAUGGGUGGGACCACGCAAUACACGGUCAACAACCAGAUGGUCAACGCUACUCUCAUGAACAUUGCCGAUAACCCCACUAACGUUCAGCUCCCGGGCAUGUACAACAAGCAGGAGAAUCCGCGCGUGCCGAUUAUUGUCACGGGUAAUGACUUCUCGACUCUGUAUGCUCCGUUGAUCCGUGACGGACGUAUGGAGAAGUUCUAUUGGGCCCCGACCCGUGAUGAUCGUGUUGGGGUUUGCAAAGGUAUCUUUCGCACCGACAGUGUGCCCGAGGAGGCCGUUGUGAAGCUUGUCGACACCUUCCCCGGACAAUCCAUUGAUUUCUUUGGUGCUUUGAGAGCUAGAGUGUACGAUGACGAGGUUAGGAAGUGGAUCGGUGGAGUGGGAGUGGAGAAAAUCGGCAGCAAGCUCGUGAACUCGAGGGAGGGCCCACCGACAUUCGAGCAGCCGAAGAUGACUCUUGAGAAACUACUCGAAUAUGGGUUUAUGCUCGUCCAAGAGCAGGAGAACGUGAAGAGGGUCCAAUUGGCCGACCAGUACUUGAAAGAUGCUGCGCUUGGUGAUGCUAACAAGGACUCCAUCGAGAGAGGAACUUUCUACGGUAAAGCAGCUCAGCAAGUGAAUAUUCCAGUGCCUGAAGGUUGCACUGACCCGAAUGCGACUAAUUUCGAUCCUACUGCAAGAAGUGAUGAUGGAAGCUGCUCCUACAAAAUUUAA